AUGACAUUGACAAUAAGAAAUAUUAACCAGGAUAUUGCUGAAAGUUACGGCUAUUGUAAUAUAAAUAACUUUCCCAGAUUACUAGAUAGUUUAAAAUUACAAAAUCAAAGAAUUGCCUCUAAAAGAGUAAUCGAUAAUGAAGUUCUGACCGUAGAAGAUGCAAAUGAUAAUAAGGUUUAUAAAAACUAUUUUAAUAGAGAACAAUAUCCUGAUUAUUUAUUAGAUACUGGAAGCGACAGCGUAAUGGAAUAUUCUAUUAUGUCGCAUCGUAAUGACACUAAAAGGAAAAACAGUAUUUCCUGUAUUAAAACAUUGGAAAAGAAUACCAAUGAAAAUAAUAAUAGCAGCAAUACAGAAUGUGUGUCGCUAAAGGAAUUAAAUGAGAGUAUUGAAGUUAUUCUAAACAAUACUCUUGAUUCUACAGAUAAACUCUUAAUGAAUAUUGCACUGAAUAUUGUAAAAGAUGCAGUCGAGAUAAAUAAGUACUUGGGUGAAUAUGACUCAAAUCAUCAUGUAACAAACAAAAUUGAUAUGUUGAGAUUAGUUAACUUAUUUGAUAACCUUUUAAUUUCGAAAGAAAGAAUUGAAAUUAUCGAAUCAGCCAUUGAUCAUAUGAGGGAUAUUAUGAGUGAAUCAAAGACCAGCAAUAAUUAUGAAGUUUCUACAAAAGAAGACAUUUUGUUGAUUAUUGAAAAAUGGAAAGAAUUAAAAUACUUUCCAAAAAUGUUAUUCCAUACUAUUUUAUGCCAAAAAUAUAGUACAGAUUGUAAAAACUAUGAUGAUGACUUUGUUUUCAAAGUCAUUUUUGCCACUAUGGGACUUGAAUUGAGUAAAAUGUUUAUCAAUAUGAUGGCAAUUAUGGAUAACGCUUAUGUGAAAGCAACAACCAUUAAUAAAAUACUUAGAUAUAAUAUUCAAUGUUUCAAUAGAAACAUACUCUAG